AACCUACCCAGCUUGCCCACUACAGUUAUGGGGCAAAAACUGUGAAAAUUCCUGUGAAUGUGGCAACAACAGCACUUGUGACCCCAAGACCGGAGCUUGUGUCUGCCCUCCUGGCUUCCAGCCUCCUCGAUGCUUCCAGCCCUGCCCACCUGGCUUCUAUGGCCCUGCCUGCCUAGCCCAGUGCCAUUGCCAUGGAGCCUCCUGUGACUCCCAGACGGGGGCCUGUCACUGCCCUGCUAAUAGCACAGGGCCCAGCUGUGAGAUGCCCUGUCGUCAGGACACGACUGGCUUCUCCUGCCCCAGAAGCCAUCCCUGCCAAAAUGGGGGGAUCUACAACUCUGGCCAGAACUGUACCUGCCCACCAGGCUGGAUGGGCGCCAUUUGUUCUCUGCCAUGCCCAGAAGGCCGCUUUGGAAGGGGUUGCACCCAAGAGUGUCGCUGUCAUAACGGGGGUCAAUGCGACCCCAUCCUAGGGCAGUGCCACUGCGCUCCAGGAUACACCGGAGACAGGUGCCGAGAGGAUUGCCCAGCGGAUCGUUUCGGCCAGGACUGUGCUGAGACCUGCGACUGCGGCCCGGGGGCCCGCUGCUUCGCAGCCGACGGGUCGUGUCUGUGCGAGCACGGCUUCACUGGGGAUCGCUGCACGGAGCGCCUCUGUCCAGACGGUAGCUACGGGCUCACUUGCGAGGCGUCCUGCGCCUGCCACGCAGAGCACAGCCUCAGCUGCCAUCCCAUGAGUGGCGAGUGCUCUUGCAGGCCAGGAUGGGCUGGUUUGCAUUGCAAUGAGAGCUGUCCCCCGGGCACCCACGGACCUGGCUGUCGGGAACCCUGCCUCUGCCUUCAUGGAGGCACCUGCCAGGCAGAAAGUGGCCACUGUCUGUGUCCCCCCGGCUACACAGGCCCCCACUGUUCCAGUCUCUGCCCUAUGGACACAUUUGGGACCAACUGCUCCCAGACUUGUUCCUGUGUGCAUGCCCUCUCUUGUUCCCCAGUCGAUGGCACAUGCAACUGCAAGGAAGGAUGGCAGAAAGGCAACUGUUCUGUGCCUUGCCCUGAGGGUACCUGGGGAUUUGGCUGCAAUGCCAGCUGCCAGUGUGCCCAUGGGGCUUCCUGUAGCCCACAAACAGGAGCCUGCUCCUGUACCCCUGGCUGGCGUGGCGAUCGGUGCCAGCUUCCCUGCCUGAAGGGGCAGUUUGGAGCAGGCUGUGCCAGUCACUGUGAUUGCAAACACGCAGAUGGCUGUGACCCCAUUCAUGGUCAUUGCCAAUGCCAGCCUGGAUGGACAGGGCUCCGCUGUGACCUUCCAUGCCCUGAGGGUUUCUGGGGACCCCACUGCAAUAACACCUGUACCUGCAAGAAUGGAGGAACCUGUAUACCUGAGAAUGGGAGCUGCAUCUGUGUGCCUGGCUACCGGGGUCCUUCUUGCCAGAGAACCUGCCAGCCUGGUCGAUAUGGCAAGCGUUGUGCUCCCUGCAAAUGUGCCAAUCACUCCUCCUGCAACCCUGUAGAUGGAAGCUGUCGCUGCCAUGCUGGGUGGAUUGGCCCUGAUUGUUCUCAGCCAUGCCCACUGGGGUAUUGGGGCAUCAACUGUGCUCUUCCCUGCCAGUGCCACAAUGGUGGGCACUGCCAACCCCAGGAGGGAAACUGCAUCUGCCCACCAGGCUGGACUGGACGCCUCUGCUCUGAAGGUUGCCCUCCAGGUACGUUUGGUGCCAACUGCUCCCAACUGUGCCAGUGUGGGCCUGAAGGACAGUGCCAGGCUGAAACAGGGGCUUGUAUAUGUCCACCAGGUCACAGUGGUGCCCCCUGCAAAAUUGGGAACCAGGAUCAGCCCUUCACCAUGGUGCCCACCCUGCCAGUGACAUAUGACUCUCUGGGAGCCGUGAUUGGCAUUGCAGUGCUGGGGGCCCUGGUGGUGGCCCUGAUAGCACUAUUCAUUGGGUACCGACAGUGGCAGAAAGGCAAAGCACACCAGCAUCUGGCUGUAGCCUACAGCAGUGGACGUCUGGAUGGCUCUGAAUAUGUCAUCCCAGAUGUCCCACCAAGCUACAGUCACUAUUACUCCAACCCCAGCUACCACACACUGUCCCAGUGCUCUCCCACUCCCCCACCCCCCAACAAGGUGCCAGGCACUCAGCUCUUUGCUAGCCUCCAGGCCCCAGAACGCCCUGGGGCUUAUGGGCAAGACAGCCAUGCCACUCUGCCUGCUGACUGGAAGCACCACAAGGAGCUCCCUCCUGGGCACCGGGGGCGAGGUCUAUUGGAUCGUUAUAGCUACAGCUCUGGCAACGGAUUGGCACACCUGUAUGGUAAAGGGCCCAUCCCAGAGGAGGGGCUGGGGGCCAGCAUAAGCUCCCUGUGCAGCGAGAAUCCCUACGCCACCAUUCGGGAUUUACCCAGCCUUCUGGGGCCUCCCAAUGAGGGCAGCUACAUGGAGAUGAAAGGUCCUUCGUGCGCUGCCGCUGAGACAUCUGGGGAGCCCAGUCCACCCCGCAGGCACGUGCUCCAGCCCCGGCAGAGUCAAAGACUUCGAAGGCCAGACAGCCAGAGGGACAGUGGCACCUACGAACAGCCCAACCCGCCAGCCCCGGACUUCAUCGCUGGGGGUACGCUGCCUCCCAUCCCGCCAGGUCUUCCUCCCGGCCACUACGACUCACCUAAGAACAGCCACAUCCCGGGACACUAUGACUUGCCCCCUGUUCGACACCCUCCCUCGCCCCCGAGGAGGCGACAGGAUCGUUGAAGAGACUGGGUGGGGGGGCAUUCCAUUUGGCUAGUCCCCCUUCCCCCCAUGACCAGGCCCAGAAACUGAGGAAAGACUCAAAGAGUCACACAUCUUCCCCUCCCUUCCCCUUGGGUUAUUAGGGAGAGAGCCAUUCCUGGAGGGGAAGAGGUCCGGGGAUGCCCGGGUUCUGAAACCCUUCCCCGGUGCCCCCUCCUUGGAGGCAGCCCUCGGAUGGCUGAAGAGAAGAGGAUCUGGAAGCCAGGAUUUCUGGGUCCCAGGAGAGUAAGCGGAAUCACUAUGAAGCGUGGGGGACUGGAGGGCAGGUCCUCCUCCUGUUCUGCUAACUGUUCCCCAAGCCUUUACAGCUCCAGCCUGGGAUUCCUCGGUGGGGAACUCUGUCCCGUGUCUGUAAAUAAAGUUGUUGGAUUUCUCGUG